UAUAGUGAAACAAAGUUACGUGUACUUGAGUGUAUUUUAUUAGAUCUUCUUUUAUUUGUCUCGUUUUUGUUGUGGAUUUUGUGUUUAGUGCAUACAUUUCGGAACAUUGUUAAAGUACUCUUGAAUAUUGACAGACUCCAAUUCUUCUCAUAUCAUCGUUACUAGCGAAAUAAGAUCAUGAGAUGGCGGUCGACGUGCGAAUACUGACGGCGACAUUGCUACUACUCGCCGCGGCCACAACCGGACAACAAGAUCGAUGUGGCUAUAUGGUUGAAAUACCCAGGCCACCGAGGCCUGACUUCCCACCACAAAGUUUUGACGGAUUGACAUGGGCUCAACGGCCACUGUUACCAGCUGAAGAUCGCGAAGAAGUGUGCCUCAACGAGUAUUCACCUGAUGUCUUCAAUCCUAACAUUGGUCACCAGACUAUCUACAUGGAGGAGGAGAUCGAAGAGCACGUGGCCAUUGCCAAACUUAACUAUCGAGGUAACAACGUUCCUGAAGUGAGAAUGCCGUUCAUUUUCGGUGCAGCCCACAUGCUAGGUGCAGUCAUUCGUAGAUAUCCUGAUGAUGAUGGAGACUGGCAUCUUGUUAUUACUCAAAGGCAGGACUAUGAAACUCCUGAAAUGCAGCUAUACAUGUUCGAGGUCAGAGUGGACGGUGAGCCGCUGGUUGUAAGGGUGACUCUGCAUAUUGUGAACAUCGAUGACAACACACCUGUCAUUGAGAUGUUAGAGCCUUGCAGCAUACCGGAACUUGGUGAACCAGGUGUUACACAGUGCAAAUACGUCGUGAGGGAUGCAGAUGGUAGGAUUAGUACAAGUGUGAUGAAAUUUGAAAUAGAAAGCGAUAGAGGUGAUGAACUCACAUUCGAACUGAUCAGAGAGAAUAUCCCAAGCGAGUGGAUGUGGGUGUAUAUGGUACUUGAAGUGAAAAAGUCUCUUGAUUACAAAGCGAAUCCUCUACACAUAUUCAGAGUUACGGCUUUGGACUCGUUACCAAACAAACGUACAGUCACCAUGAUGGUUGAAGUAGAGAAUGUGGAACACAGAAACCCUGAGUGGAUGGAGAUUUUUGCCGUGCAACAGUUUGAUGAGAAACGAGAGAUGUCGUUCACAGUCAGGGCUGUAGAUGGUGACACGGGAAUCAAUAAACCUAUAUUCUAUCGUAUAGAGACUGAAGAAAGAGACAAAGAAUUCUUCAGUAUUGAGACUAUAGGGGAAGGCAGACAAGGUGCCAUCUUUCACGUAGCUGCUAUAGACAGAGACGAACUGAAAAGAGACAUGUUCAAUGUUGCAAUAAUUGCAUAUAAGUAUGGCGACAAUGACGAAGAAGGUAAACCAUCAUUCGAGACCACAGCAAAUGUCGUGAUUAUAAUUAACGAUAUCAAUGAUCAAAGACCAGUCCCCUUCCAAAAGGAAUACACCAUUUCCAUAGAGGAAGAAACUGCUAUGACACUGCGUUUAGAAAACUUUGGUUUUCAUGACCGCGAUAUUGGUCCCCACGCACAGUACUCAGUUCGCUUAGAGAGCAUACAACCAGACAAUGCUCAUACAGCCUUCUACAUCGCCCCUACAGAAGGCUACCAGGAGCAGGAGUUUAUCAUAGGUACAGUACACCAUCACAUGUUGGAUUAUGAAGACGAUAACUACAGACCUGGAAUAAAGCUGAGGGCAAUAGCAACUGACAAAGAUGAUAACAGACACACUGGAGAAGCGAUUAUUAACAUAAAUCUGAUCAAUUGGAAUGAUGAACUACCUGGAUUUAAGAAAGAUAGCUACGAUGCGACAUUUCCCGAGACAGUUAAAGCUGGCUUUCACGUUGGCACAUACCUGGCUACAGACGAUGACAUUGGUGACGUAGUCGAGCACAGGAUAUUGGGCAAUGCUGGAAACUUCCUGACGAUUGAUAUGCUUUCUGGAGACGUCUUCGUGACAAAGAACGAUAGCUUUGAUUACCACAGACAGAAUGAAAUCUUUGUACAGAUUGAAGCUGUUGAUACACUGGGUUUACCUCAAAACAGGGCUACAACACAGCUGGUGAUACAUUUAGAAGACAUCAACAACACACCACCUACACUUCGACUGCCUCGUCAAAGUCCAAGUGUAGAAGAGAACGUUAAAGACGGACACUUGAUAACCCAAGGACUAACAGCGUCCGAUCCCGACACCACGGCUGAUUUAAUUUUCGAGAUCGAUUGGGACGCCUCGUACGCUACGAAGCAAGGCAUGAAUGCACCCCCCAUUGAAGAGUACCAUAAUUGCGUAGAAAUCCUGACGGUGUACCCAGAUGCUGACAAUCGCGGGUACGCUGAGGGACACUUGGUGGCACGUGAGAUCAGAGACGGCGUGACGAUCGAUUACGAGGAGUUUGAAGUUCUGUACCUCGUUGUUAGGGUCAUAGAUCGCAACACCGUCAUAGGGGACGACUAUGAUGAAGCAAUGUUGACAGUGACAAUAAUUGACAUGAAUGACAACCGGCCAUUAUGGGUGGCGGGCACGCUGGAGCAAACACUGCGAGUGCGCGAGAUGGCCGACCAAGGUGUCGUCAUCGGUUCACUGCAGGCCACUGAUAUCGACGGCCCUCUCUACAACCGCGUCCGUUACACCAUGACCCCCAUAAAAGAUACACCAGACGACCUGGUGGCGAUCGACUACAUCACCGGUCAGCUGACCGUCAACAAGGGGCAAGCAAUUGAUGCAGACAUUCCACCACGCUUCCAUCUGUAUUACAAGGUCAUCGCCAGUGACAAGUGCUCUCUUGACGAAUUCUUCACACAAUGUCCGGACGACCCAAUGUUCUGGAAAACCGAGGGAGAGAUAGCGAUCCAGAUAACAGAUACGAACAACAAAAUCCCACACGCGGAAACUGACCAAUUUCCUACUGAAAUUCGGAUUCCCGAGGAUACAAUUAAUGGCACCGAAAUCACCAAGAUCAUAGCCAGCGACCUGGACAGGGAUCGGCCGAACAACGUCGUGACGUACAGAAUCAACUACGCAUUCAACCAUAGGCUAGAGAACUUCUUCGCAGUGGACCCUGACACUGGCAUCCUGAGAGUACACUUCACAACUAGUGAAGUCUUGGACAGGGAUGGCGAAGAACCGGAGCAUAGAAUCAUCUUCACAAUCGUUGACAACUUGGAAGGCGCUGGAGAUGGCAAUCAGAAUACGAUCUCCACGGAAGUGCGUAUUAUAUUGCUUGAUGUAAAUGACAAUAAGCCGGAACUACCACCUUCUGUUGGCGAAUUCUGGACCGUUUCUGAGGGUGAACUACAGGGUCGUCGUAUUCCGCCCGAGAUCCACGCACAUGACAGAGACGAACCGUUCAAUGACAAUUCUCGUGUCGAAUACGCUAUCCAAUCAAUCAAAUUGACCAAUAGGAACGUAGAACUUCCCCAAGAUCCAUUCAAGAUUAUAACAAUUAAUGAUUUCGAAGAAUGGAAAUUUGUUGGAGAGCUGGAGACUACGAUGGACCUUAGAGGAUACUGGGGCACGUACGAUGUCGAAAUACAUGCGUUUGACCACGGUGUCCCGAGCCUCAGUUCAUACGAGACGUAUCAACUAACCGUCAGACCAUACAACUUCCAUUCACCAGAGUUUGUCUUCCCAACAGCUAACUCAAAAAUCAGGCUUGCCAGGGAGCGUGCUAUAGUCAAUGGUAUGCUGGCUCUGGCAAAUAUCGCGAGCGGAGAGUUCCUCGACCGCCUCUCUGCCACCGAUGAAGAUGGAUUACACGCAGGCGAAGUAACUUUCUCUAUAGUUGGAAACGAUGAAGCAGAGCAGUACUUCCAUGUGGUGAAUGAUGGUGACAAUUCAGCGAUGCUCACGCUGAAGCAAGCUUUGCCCGAUGGCGUCCAGCAGUAUGAGUUGGUUAUCCGAGCUACUGAUGGCGGUACGGAGCCAGGGCCCAGGUUCACCGACUGCGCUGUCACUGUGGUGUUUGUGUUGACACAGGGAGAACCCGUGUUCUCGGAAAACACAGUCACUAUCCGUUUCUUAGAAAAGGAUGCUGGUAUGGCUGAGAGGAUCCAGCUGCCCGAAGCUGUGGACCCCAAAAACUACGAGUGCACGGUAGACUGCCAUGACGUCUACUACAGUAUCACUGACGGUAACGAUGAUGGCCACUUCGCUGUAGACCCGGAAACUAACGAGAUCUAUUUGGUGAAGGAGCUGGACCGCAGCGAACGCGACCAGCACAGAAUAGUGGUGGCCGCUGCCAACACUCCUGGAGUCACCAACGCCAUGCCAUCCUCACUUCUCACCGUCACCAUCAACGUACGAGAAGCCAACCCUAGACCGGUCUUCAGCAGAGAACUUUACACAGCAGGCAUCUUAAACACAGAUAAUAUAAACAGGGAACUCGUUUAUCUGUCGGCAACACACUCAGAAGGGCAUCCCAUAACGUUCUCAAUAGACUGGCAAACCAUGGUAGUGGACGAGUCCUUGCAGAAUGUGGAGGGGGAUGCCUUCAACAUCAACUCUGAGACCGGAGUGAUAUCGCUGAACUUCCAGCCAACAUCAGCCAUGCAUGGCAAUUUCCAUUUCGAAGUGGUGGCUACCGAUACAGAGGGAGCGAGUGAUCGAGCUGAAGUGACAAUCUUCAUGAUAUCAACGCGCGUUAGAGUAGCCUUCCUGUUCUACAACUCGGAGGCUGAAGUUAACGCGAGAAGGGAUUUCGUCGCUCAAACCCUCUCCACCGGCUUCGGUAUGACGUGUAACAUAGACAGCGUGCUGCCGGCUACCGAGGCUAACGGCGUGAUACGAGAAGGAUUCACAGAAGUCCAGGCUCACUUCAUACGAGACAAUCUGCCGGUGCCAGUCGAAUAUAUUGACGAAUUGUUUACGGAUAUCAACCGAAUACGUGAUAUCCAGGAAGUGUUGAGAACUCAGGAGUUGUCAUUACUGGAUUUGGCGGCGGGAGGAACAACGGUACUGCCCGGAGGGGAGUAUGCCCUGGCGGUCUACAUCCUCGCGGGUAUAGCGGCCUUCCUCGCCGUCAUCUGCCUCUCUCUCGUCAUCGCUUUCUUCAUCAGGAACCGAACACUAAAUCGGCGCAUCGAAGCCCUUUCAACGACCAACCAGGAUCAGACCAUGGACUCUGACCUCAACCACGCUGCAGUCGCCGCGCCAAACACCAACAAACACGCGGUAGAGGGUUCCAAUCCUAUCUGGAACGAGAAUAUCAAAGCACCUGACUUUGACUCGAUUAGCGAAAUGUCCAAUGACUCGGAUCUGAUCGGAAUUGAAGAUUUACCGCAGUUCAGAGACGACUACUUCCCGCCCACAAACGAGGCUGCGAAUCCGAAUUUUUCACCUCGUCAUAUAGCGAACCAAGAAAACAACUUCGGCUCGAACUCAACCCCCUUCAGCCCCGAGUUCGCGAACUCCCAGUUUAGAAGAUAAAUUAUUAUACCUUUAUAAGUUGCAUAGUCUAUUAUACAUUUAUUUAUAAAUCUAACAAAAUGUACAUUAAUAUCAAUAUAUUGUACAAAAUAAUAUACUCGUAAAGUACCUAUAAGUGUAAUAUUUUUUAUAGCAAUAAAAACAUUUAAUAUAUAUUUGAUUAAUGUUUUCAUUUUAC